GUUACACCGAUGACUGAAUUCAGUGGCAUCAGGGUUGUUUGGAGAUGGCGGCGGUUGCACACGGCGUGGCCCACUCGCGCGACCUUCGCCACGGCCAACGGUGGCUGGUUUGCCUGGUGACACGCGCCUUUGCCAUGUCGCCGCGCACGCAACUCAGUGGUGCGAGCAAGCGUGCCUUGGUGGUGUUGCCGUGUGUUCUUGUGUUCUUGUGUUGUAUUCUUUACUAUUCCUCGCCUGUGCUGUUGUGGAGGUGCGCUUGCUUUGCACUCAUCUGCACAGCACUUUCUCACCUGUGUCUUGAGCCCAAGCACACACGCGCAGCGAGCCGCCGGCAGCACCACCACCUCCACUACCACCCCUCAACACUGUGGUUCCACCCUUUCCUUCCUUCCUUCCUUCCUUCCUUCCUUCCUUCCCUCGCGUUUACACUCGUGAGACCUGCAUUUGAGAGUGCAUCGCAUCGCAUUGUGCGAGUUCGUGUCCACGCCCUUCGUUCCUUGCACUUUUCCCUUGUUCACCUUGUUGGCACGUUUGCGGCGCGGUUCACAUGCAACCUGGCCCGUGAUUCAGCAGCGGUUGUUGUUGCCCUGCUCCACCACCGCGCUUGCUUCAUCACGCACAGGCCGACAGGCCGCCGUUGUCGUUGGCGUGCGCUUGUGCGCACUUCUUUCUGCUUCCUGUGUGGUGUGCGUGUGGUGUGCUUUUGGCGUCGUCAUUCCCUCUGCAAACUCGCCAACCCCCAUCCAUCCAUCCAUCCGUGAGUGAGUUGCCGCUCGCGUGUGCGGUGGACCACGGUUCUCAUACACUGCACUGCACCAACCUCCUUUGAUUUAUUUGUUCGUGCCUCCGUAUGUAUUGAAGCUCCGUGGUGUUCCUCCGAUUGUUCCUCCCUUUUGUUCCUCCCCCUCCUCCUCCUCCUUGUUCCUACAACACCAUCCUUGAUCGCCAUUCCGUUCCCUCUGCGCUUGACUCGCACAAUGAUGCAUCGGGCACCACCAUGCGUGCCCAGAUGCCCACGACAACGACGAUCAACACCACCGGCAACACCAACAUCAUCAGCGCCGCCAACAGCAGCACGUCGUGCGCAUGUGUUGCUGUGGCCGUCCAUCCUCGUCGUCCUCGCCGCCGUCAUGCUCGCCACCAGCGCCAUCUUUGUCGCUGACGUUCGUGCUGCACCAGUGGCGGCUUCAUCUUCACUGUCGUCGUCGUCGUCCUCCCACCCGCGCUACGCUCGAUGCACGCUGUACACGGCUGAUGGGCGGAUUGGUCUGCAGUUUCCCGCCAUAUUGGCAGAGUACACGACAAUGACCACGCCCAUCCACGUGCUCAUCACGGCCUCCACCCCGGUGGACGGGUGCUCCGUGCCGCCGCCGCCACUCUCCUCGUUUCGCGGACUCGGUGUCAUCGCCAUCACCCGGCCGCACUCCCAAUGCACGCCGUUCACACAGGCACGCAUGGCUGCGCAGGCCAACCACUCGCUUGUGCUCUCGGCGUCCCCCGACAGCAUCGAUUACAUCUACACGCUCGAUGGCUCCAGCGCCGAGAAGCGAUCACACGCGUACACCACCUGGGUUGACCGCGACAAGCGCAAAAAUAAUGAUGAUGGUAACAGCCGUGAUGACGAUGGUGGUGGUGGUGAUGGCGCAGCGGCAAUGCGGCAUUUCCGCGUGCUGAUCAACGACGAAGCAGCAACCAUCUACACCUCCGACACUGUUGUCGACAGGCAAUCACCAGCGUCGCCACGCAUAGCAGAUGGCGUGGAUGCUGUUUCAUCUUCGUCUUCAUCGACAGCUGCGCUUGUGGACGGCACACCACCGCACCUGUCAAUCUCUGGUCUGAAUGGCAAACACAUUCUCCGCCUCCUCCACACCAACGGCUCCUCACCUCUGGACUUCAUCCACACCCCCGCAACCACAUCAUCUUCCUCCUCAUCAUCGUCAUCGUCGUCAUCGUCGUCGUCGUCGUCGUCGUCGUCUGUUGUGGGGGUGGCUUCGAACACGACCGUGCCCACUCCUAGGUUCACCACGGUCAGCAGCAGCAACAACAGCCCGCUUCGCUCGUUGCUUGCAAGCACACCUGUGCUUCGCCUCGUCGUUGUGCCAGAGGGCAUGGACGGGUCUCUGCUCACGUCGCCACUUGACCCAGCAGCUGGUGAUGGUGGUGCUGACCACGACAACGGCAGCGGCAGCAGCAGCAGCGGCAAUGGUGGAGCAGACACGGGAACAUAUGUGCUGGCUGCGCUCACGGCGCUGUUUGCGGUUGUGUGCGUGGUGGCAACUGCCAUGGCGUACCACCGCUGGUACCACCCGCACCCUCGCGACGGUGCACACGCACGCGGGCGGCCAACAACGACCGUCAUCACCAACCUCAACGACCACCGCAACAGCACCAACACCGCCAGCGAUGGUGCUGGUGCUGGUGCAACCGGGGUGUGGCGGUGGUUUGGCCUCGCUGGUGUCGUUGCGCGCAUGCGUGGUGGCAACACGCGCGGAGCAGCGGCAGCAACAAGCAGCAGGCGCCAUCGCAACCGUCACCGACGCGGCCAUGGCGGCGGUUAUGGCGGCAGUGAUGCUGGAAGUGACACCAGCUUUGCCGGCCUGGUCGCCGACGAUCCAGAGAUGGCGGAGGUGCGGGAGGCAAUGAUGCACAUUGCCAGCGUCAUGCGCGCAGUUUGCCUGCAGGCACGCGCCAUCCAGUCCCACGAUGAUGGCGCAGGCCACACCAGCAAGCAGCGUCUCGCCCUCGAGGCGGUGCAGGAGGGACUUACAUCGCCAGAUGACACCGUCUAUGCAGAUGCUGCCGCUGGUGCUGGCUGCGGUGUCGAGAAAGAAACGGGUGUUGUUCUCACGCACCGUUUUGACGAGAACCACAAGGGCAGAGAUGCCACCACGCACGUGAACACUCUCCAACAGGCUAUGCCAUCACACCAACCCCUGCAACAACAACAACGACAACAAGACGAGCAGCAGCAACAGCAGCAACAGCCACAACAGCCACAACAGCAGCACAAGCCAGUGCUUGCUCGCCCACUUCCAACGCGUCACCAUCACCACCACCGCCAUCAUCGCCAUCGCCAUCGCCACGACACAGCAACUGCAGCAGCUGCUGCUGCUACCACCGGCACCAACCACAGCAUCAACACCAACAACCACAGCACCAACACCAACAAUGACAGCACCAACACCAACAAUGACAGCACCAACACCAACGCCACUAGCCACCCCACCAGCCAUGCGCUGGCCUGUGACGGCGACGUGGAUGUGUUCACCCCUGAUCAUGAUCAUGGUGAUCAUGAUGAUGAUGGUGAGGAGGAGGAGGAGCGGGUGUUGAUGCGACUGCGGCGGCGGCGGGCGAUUGAGGCUGCACGGCGCACCAACAACUUCUACUUUCCAACCAGUGACAUCGACUCCGGCUCAGACGCAGGUGACGAUGGUGAUGAAGAUGCUGUUUGUGGUGAUGGGAGCAUCCCAGCUGGUCUCAACCCUGUUGAUGGUGCUGGUGAUGCUAUUGACCACGAGCAGCAACAGCAGCUCACGCAACAACAACAACAGCAACAACAACAACAACAACACCAACACCAACACCAACAGCAGCAACACCAGCAGCAGCGUGAGGCGCCACCACGCAUCCGUGCAGAGGUGUUUACGUUUGACACGCCCACGCCAACGCAUGCCGUCUCCACACCCGCGCGGGCAACGAGCGCAACAGGCCCUAGUGGCCGUCGGAACAAAGGUCCAAUUGCGGUGACGUCAGCACGAAACGCAUUUAUCCCCAAAACGAGACGCGUGCCGUUUCCAUUCAACUACGACGUGUUCAGCGAGAGCAGUGAGAGCACGCGCAGCAGCCUGUACACCACCACCACAGGCGACCACGGCCACCACCACGAUGACAGCAGCAGCAGCAGCAGCGGUUCAGCCGGCACAAGCGUCGCCAGCAGCACUGCAAGCAGUGAUGAUGAUGAUGAUGAUCACGACAAUGUCGAUGGAGCGGACACGAGCAGUGACGACAGCAGUGACGCCAGCGAUCAUGAUGAUGAUGGUGAUGAUAAUGAUGAUGAUGAGACGAGCAGUAGCGAUGAGAGCUUGCACGACUUCCUGCGCCGUCACCAGCGCCAUCGCCGCCGCCACCAGCGAAGGGCCACGGCCGCUGCUGCUGCUCUGCACGUCAGCGACACUGCUGCUGCUGCACGAAAUCGGGCCAACAACACCACCCACAACACCAACAACAACGGCAGCAGCAACAACAACAACAUCAACAGCAGUGGUGCAAACGGUGAUCACGCCACGAGCAGCGGCGCCAUCACCAUCAACACGAGUAGCAACAGCAACAACAACAACAACGCGUGCAGCGCGCUGAACAUGUCGAACAUGUAUGAGGUGGUUGAGGACGGGCAGCGGCGUGUCAUCUUCUACGAUCCGCGCGCAGCACCGCAGCAGCACUUCAGGCGACCGCCACCACCGCAGGUGCGCCAGUCGCGCUGUCCCGUGUGUCUGGACAGCCUCAACCUGGACACUGCGCCGCACGCUGUGAUACAGCUGCCGUGCCACCACCUGUACCACUACCGCUGCCUGACGCCCUGGUUCCGCGUGCACUACACGUGCCCCGUGUGCAAGUACAACCUCAUCUUUGGUGGGCAUCUCCCCUUGCUUGAGGAGGAUGAGGAGAAGGCGAUUAUGAAGCAGAUGGCGCGCGCGUAUCUGCAGGCGCCGCGCCGCGACCAGCACAAGUUUGUUGCCGCCAUGCUUGGCGUCCCGCUGCCCCUCGUCAUCAGCGCAAACAGCAACGAACACCACCACCACCACCACUACCACCACGGUCAUCACCACCACCAUCACCAUCACGGUGCUGGUCACCAUGGCGAUGAUGGUGGGGUGCGUGGGCUGCAGCCACCAGCGAUCAUCACGUCUGAGGAGACAGAUGGGUCAAUUGCCCCUAACCUGUAUCCAUACACGGGCAACCUCAACGUGUUUGAUGACGAUGCAGAGCGCCUGCAAGCCGUGUUGUCCGCAGCAGCUGUUGAGGCGGCCCGGCUUGCCGGCGGUUCAACAUCGCGCCCAACGCGGUUGCCUGCAAGCACGCCCAACAGUGCACAUGGCGGCGCCCUCACACCAACAGCAGCCGCAGCGACAGUGGCGGCUGCGAGGAGUGGGGCAGCGAGCAUGCGUGAUUCGCUGCUGGUGGAUGACAUGCGUGGCGGUGCUGGUGACGACAGCACGAGCCGUGGCGGCCGAAGCAGAGCCAGCCGCGCCGCACACACACCAGGGCGGACAAGCACUGGCACUACGACUGCUGCUGCCGCUGGUGGUGGUGGGGGCGGAGGUGACGGUGACGAUACUGGUGCUGGCGAUGGCGAUCAGACUGGCGCCACCGCCGCAGCGUCGUCGUCGUCGUCGUCGCCUGAGCCGUUUGUCGUGUAUGCGGGUCCGCCGUACGCUGCGCAUGUGGUGGCGGCGUCGAUGGCAUCGUGGGAUGAGUCGUACGAGGGCGAGCAGCUUGAGGUGGUCACGCCCGUGCCAAAGCCAACACCGCCGCCCGCUACACCGCGUGUGCCAGCACCAGCAGUUGCAGACGCAGAUGCGAGGGCGGCAGGUGCUGUUGGAGGCGGUGCGAAGGAACGCGCUGCCCGAGCUCGCGGUGAUGGUGAUGGCAGUGGUGGUGAUGCGACGAGUGACGAGGUGUUGUUUGGUGAUGAUGUGGACGCGACGUGGCUGCUUGGCGUUGACACGCAGCUCAACGCACAGGGCGCCAUCACCGCCCACGGUGCACAUGGUGCCGGUCACGAGGGUGAUGGUGGUGCUGAAGACGCCUACAUACAAUCACCAUCGCGCCAGCAACGACAACGGCCCGUGCGGCGGCGCCUCUUGCAGCCUCCAGCACCAGCACGAGCACAGGCGUCAUCGUCGUCACCAACACCAUCAUCCUCAGCACCACGCGCGCAACGUCUGUCCAUUCCACCAGCGAUUAUUCACGAUGGGGACGAGAGUGUGGCGGCUCCGCUGAUUACAGACACCGUCAUUGGCCUGCCGCUGCCCACGCCCGGGUUUGAUGGUGAUGGCGAUGACGAUUAUGGUGGUGAUUAUGAUGGUGGUGGUGAUGACGCAACCACGCCGUCGCACCACGCAACGAAACGCCACAUGGGGCGGCGCCAUGGCGGUGGCUGUGUUGGGAGCAGCAAACGGCCUGUUCGCCGUGCGCUUCUGCCUGGGAUUGAUGAUGACGACGACGGCGAUGGUGACGAUGAUGGUGUUGCCUUUGAGGGGCGUUUCUUUGGCGGGCGCGCAGACACGUUUCGAAUGUCGUUUGACAAGUCUGGCACGUUUCAGUCUAUCGCCACGCGCCUGAACUUUGAAGAUCUCUCAGAGUGA